UAUAGAAAGUGGCUCAGCAAUUGGCAUGUGAAACAUUGGAAGUACAUUAAAGGGUGGCUGAAGGGUAACAUAAGCCGUAUAUGACACGUAGAAUCAGAUAAUUUUAUACAAAUGCGUUUGGUUUGGAUCUGGGGCCCAGGUAAACUAAUUUUUUGGGAAAGGAAUUAGAAUUGAAUUGCUAUGAUGCGCUGAUCUCACUUUUGUACUCUUCUAGACCCAGAGCCCUGCUCUAUCCAUUCCUCUCUAAUCCAAAACGAGACGCCUGAAAGGCAAGGCAAGGACACUGAAGUCCGUGAUCAUCGUCUUUGGAUGAAUCUUGGUGUUAAGAUAAGGAUGGCUGGCAGUCAUGAUUCCAUAACGCAAUGCUCUAAAUUGAUAAUCACGCAACUAAAGUACCACCAUCGGACUUGGAAAGUCCGUUUGACUUAUCAACAACAACACAAACACACCGAUACAAUAUGCCAUGUUUUCCAGGGAGAAGGGCUCCACCAACGGAUCGGAGAACAGGUCUCACGUCUAGGGCCAGAAAACCAAGCCCGAGCGCUCAUUAUUGAGAAGAGCAUCGACAGGAGAGCGAAGAUCGAGCGAGCACAGGUCAGAAAAUAGCACUGGGCGUGAACCAAGGGAACAUCAUCGCAUGGAUGGAUGGAUGAUUGGAUGGUUCAAAGACGGGCUCAACGAGGCUAAACCACUCACCUGAUUGGUUUCCCUCUCAUGCUGACCGACCAUUGACCAGUAACCCGGGGGUGGCUGACUCAUGGCCUUGGUUAUUCAUGGUGUGAUUACCGUGCCUGGCACAGCCUACUCCUCCUAACGCGUCUUCCUCGCCUUCCCCGCCCUCCCCGCCCUCCCUCAUUUCAGUUGAACACUCACCAUGGGCACGGUAGGCCCCGCCAGUUGGGCGGGCCUCACUUGGGAUGCCUUCCUGGCCGACAUCCACUUGGUAGGCGUGACCAUUGAGAACUGGGCCAUCCUGCACAAGACUCACUUUGACUUUUUCACGGAAGACGAACCGCAUUGCGGCCAAAGCCUGUACCUGGAAGUGGCCACGGGCCGAUAUUAUCACAAGGUCUUUGGGCGGACCAUUGGCCAGGGCCAAGUGAGCGCCCAUGACCCGGCCGCCCUUCGAGCUUUGGCCCAAGAUCUCUUCCAGGAUGUGGCCAUUUGUCGCGGAUUCGAUGCCCAGGUCAAGAACGAAACCCAGUCACUCCAAGAGUCUCAUUGGCAUCCCUAUCCCCGAAAAACCAGUCUCAAUUGUCAAGUCGUCUUCAAACUGAACCCAGCCGACGCUGGGCCCCCGGCGGCCACGCCCCUAUUGUGCGCUCAAUGCGCACGGGCCAUCAAGGUCGAAAGCCUCGAGCCACCCGCUCUCAAUGUGAAUGAUUACCUGUCAACGCCGUGGCCCCCCGGUCAGCCUUUCAAGCGAGAGGCCCAUGGUCUAGUGGGGGAUCAGCCUGAACCACCCAAUCCACCGGGUCAUUCCGGAUCAGACCGGGUGAGUGGUCGCCGAGCAUCGCCCCAGCGGAAAGUCCGACUCAAACCGAGCUUGGUCCACUGGACUGAGCCGGACGACGAGGACGCCCUGGACAUGGAGUUGACUUACUCUUCUGAAGACCAUCACGAAGAAACCGAAGAAGAAGAAGAAGAAGAAGAAGAGGAGGCGGAGGAAGAAGCCGAUUUGCCUGCUGGUGCUGGUAAACCCAGGCCACGGCGGAGGCUGAAGAAAUUCAAAAUCGAUCCCAACUCUUCAGGUCGCACUGAGAAUAAUAUUGCCUUGGACCGUGAAGAUGCCGUUCAGCGGCGUCCUCGUAAAGGCCGCACGUGUAAUCACUGCCAUAAGUACUUUAGCAGUGGUAACGGAUAUCGAAAUCAUCGAGCCCGAUUGAGGCGAGACGAGCGACGGCUCUCGUGCAAGCAUUGCGAUAGUUACUACUACAGCUUUUCCGAGCUAGCAGAGCACAUUGUGUCCGCCCAUCGUGACGCACCGAUCAGUUUCCAGGAUCACCUCCAAAACCCGGAAGAGAUUGAGCAAAUGGCCCGUGGCCAUAAAUGUUCCAUUUGUAGCCUCUAUUUUAACAGCCAUGUCUUGGUCUUUCGUCAUAAGGCCUUCUAUCACGAAUUGGGCGAUUUCUUCUGUGAGGCGUGCGAUGAGCACCUGCUCACCUACUAUCACUUGGUGAUGCACAACUACAACGCGCACGACAAGCCCACGCCCUUCUUGGCUCCGCCCGUGGAUGACCUGGUGCGCACGGAGCAAGAGGACGGGAAAAUCAAGUACUCCAAAGAGCAACACAUUUGUCCGGACUGCAAGAAGGUGUUCAAGUACGAUUCGGAUUGGGGCACGCACAUGAAAACCACCCACUCAUGGUGGGUGUUCGAGUGCCAAGACUGUGACGAGAUGUGCCAUUAUGCCAAAGACUUUUCCGCUCACAUUCGUCACUUCCACGGGGACAAUCCUGUGGUCCAUUGUCCCAAGUGCUUCGAAGAGAUCUCGCUCAAGGACAAUCCAGACCACUUCAAUGAGCAUUUCCGACAUUGCGUAAAACGGACGCAAGCCAAGAAACGCGAAAACAUAUCGUUCCAGUGCGACAAGUGCGGCAAGAACUACUCCACUCAAUAUUUGCUUCAGUGCCAUCUCAUGUCCCAUGAGGGCGUGGAAAAGUACAUUUGUGAAAAGUGCGACUAUGGGACUAAUUUGAAAAAGGUCAUGGAGGACCACCAGAAAGCUCACAUGCGGGCCGAAGGUCUGACGCAAGAUAAUAGCGGCACGAAUCUAUUCUUCCAUUGUGAUCAGUGUCCGAAGCGCUUCUCGCGUAAUCUCACCCUCAAUCGCCAUAUCAAAUCCGUGCACGAAGGCAUCAAACGCGUCAUGAAGUGCAAGACCUGUGAUGCCACGUUCAACAGUAGCUCCAUGCUCUACAUUCACAAGAGACGAGUCCAUGGGUUUGUGUCCAACUUGAAUCGGCGAGGUCGUCGACCGCACUGAAUCUCUAUUUGGAAUUGAGAAUACUGAAAUUGGGUUCGCCAACCCCUUCCUUUCAUUUAUGAAUCGAGUUGCAACAGAAAAGGAUUGCUCAAUAUAUUGCCCGUAUUCGAUGUCAUAAAUGAGGAGCGUCUUACUUGUUGUGACUACGCCGGCAAACACCCAGCAUUGGCCGUAUUUCACGGACGCCUGGGUCCUCAUGAACUCUUCUAGGAUGGCCACACUGCCCGUCCACUCGAAAGGUUUGGUUCCAUCCCCAUAGUUCCCGUCCCAUCGUCCCAUUAAUAGCCCAUCUUCAUCUAAAGCGUUGACCUGGAUGACAGCGAAGCAAAAUGAGUUUCGGGAAAUGGCUCGCGUCACUUGCACGGGAUCGGCUCGAUCUGCAUCCUUGAUUUUGGCCUUCGUUUCCAAGAUGUGGCACACCGCUGGCAAAACCGAGUCCCGAAAUUGACCAAAGAUCCACGGACGGCCUUUGACACGGUUAUGGCUGCCACCGUAAAUCUUGCCCACUUCGUUCAAGACGAAUUCUUCCCUCUCGGCCGCCUUUGGCAAAUACACGGAGUCGUCUGGAAGGCAGGACAAUCAAAAAAAAAAAGAAAAAAAAAGAGUCCUUGGGUGGAUUGGUCAAGUUCAUAUCAGGUAUUAUGCGUACUGGCGUGAAAGGGGUUGAAUAGCAUGUAGAUGGGGUCCGAGUGAGUGUGUCUGAGUUUCUGGCUCCAUCGGUUCUCAUACCAUGUGUCGAUGUAGAGCCGCCAAAGCCCCACAGGCAAGUCUGCGGGCGUGAAAAUCCUCACCUCCACGUUUGGACCGGAUUUGCGAAUGAAUCUGGCUCGCCAACCAGACAUCUCGCCUCCAGAAGUUGUGUCGUCGGCGUGUUCCAAUUGAAAGACCCCUUUGGUUCCUUUAGGAGUACUUGGGUGGCUACCAAAUUCAAAUGUGAAUUUGAUGCUAUCCCGAUUGGGAUCGUAAUUCCGUUUCUGGCAGACCAGGUUGACUGUGAAGGGCUCUCCACGGCGAAGAACACUGGCUUGUCGAGUUUGAACCAAUUCGUAGGUGGAAGUGGCGUGUUUCGACGCAUUUUCCCUGACGUUGAAGUCCACACCAUCUAUUUCUAAGACGUGUCCAGCGCUCAA